AGGAAAUUGCCAAAAGGCUUCAGCAGCUGGAGGAGGAAGAGCUGCAGCGGAAGGCUCAGGACAGGCUGGGAGAGCAAAGUGGCUUGCCAUUCUUGGACAAUGAUGAUGAAGAGGAAGGCUACACCUUCCAAAACGAUAGUCCUAAGUACACAAGCUCCUCAGAUUACAUUCGAGGUCCAAGAAGCUCAGAGCGGGAGCAUAUGCCCAAACGUUUCUGAGGAACUCUCCUCCGGCAGAAUGAAUCCCAACCGCGUCUCCUUUGGUCAAGUCCACUACGACAGCAAUGGCUCAAAAAACUCCAAAACCCCAGAGCAAUGGAAAGAGCCAGUCCGUAAGGAACAAGUGCAGUUUGCCUACAGGAACCCUAGACAUUCCUCUGAGAGGAGUCCAUGCCAUCUGAGUGGUGUUGAGGCAACUCCAACCCAGGACAGGGAUAAAGUCCGCAAAGAGGAAAAAAUCAGAGGCCAUCGAGAAAAACACUGCAAGCACCAUUCCGACCGGUGCAGGCGCUCCAGCUCUGAUAGUGAUGAUUACUCAGAACACUGCGCCAGAGACAAAAGAAGCCGUCGUUCCCAAUGGAACCAAAACCGAGAACACCACCAUCAUCACCACCCACGAUCUUCUAACAAUCAUUCUUCUAGGAUGUCAAGUCACGAAUUGAGAACAGGUGAGGAGACCAGGCCAGGCUUCGACAUGGACCCCCUGCACUGGAAAAUGGCUGAACUGCAUGUCCAGAGCUCCGACCAGCUCUUGCAGGAUGAAGAACUGGCUCGCCGACUGCAGGAAGAAGAGGAGAAACGCGUAGCAGAACUGAAACGGCGCGAUCAGCACGAGGACUUCCGGGCAGCUCAGGUCGCACAGGAUGAAGAGAUUGCAAAGUACAUCCAGCGGCAGGAGCUGAAAGCCCAUCGGAGGUCGGAGGAGCUGGACCUGCCGGGGGACAGUGAUGAUGACGGCAGUAUUUGUAGCUUCUCCGACAGGAAGAGCCUGGGAAUAAAGAAUGAAGUGCCUUCUGACAACCAAGGACGCUUGGACUCUGAGGGACUGGCAUCACCGACCGAGUGCCGCACACCGGAGAAGAUGGAGCUGCUGGCUGUGGACGCAACUUGUGACCAGGCCAAGCUGCAUUCUCCAAGGAACAUCGCAGAGGAACUCGACCCAACGUUCAAAUCCAAGAAGGACGCCCAGCCCGAGGAAUUCACUUCUGCUCCCAAGAAUUUCCCGUUUCGGCACAGACCCAACCCGUCCCGGUAGAUGGAUUGUACGACUUUAUGGACGAUGGCGCCGAGCCGAUCUUUAUACCACCGACCAAGAGACCCUCGGAGAAAGUGGGGCGCAAUAAACCCAAAGACAAGAAGGAAGGGUGCAAGCAGCAGUGA